AUGAGACUCUUACUAAACCGCUCAACGCGGCUAUCGAGUCAAAUUAUACAAGCUCAGUUAUUCCGUCGCUCAACACCGUCAGUUUAUAGAGGCUUUGCAAACUCAGUUAUUCGACAAAAUGGCCAAAACUCUGACAUAGCGGCAACAGCUUCAUCAGCUGAAAAUACACCGGAGCUAUCUGUUGACCAGGCAAAUGAGGAGAACCGAUCUACCGGGAAACCUUCGAGGCUAGCAGCUUUGAAGAAACGGCAGAAACCCAGAAAUCAUGAUGACGGGAGAAGUAAGAAAGAGGAAGCUGGCCAGCAAUACAUCCUUGGACAAUCACGCGAUCAGCCAAUUCGAACCCGUUUUGCACCAUCACCUACCGGAUAUCUGCACUUGGGGUCUCUCAGGACGGCUUUGUUCAACAAUUUGGUAUCUAAAGCAACAAAGGGUGGCGAGUUCAUUGUGCGAAUCGAGGAUACUGACCAGGCAAGUAUAACACACCGUCUGGUACCGGAUGCUGAAGAACGUAUUUUCAAAGACCUAGAAUGGGCUGGUCUCUCGUGGAGUGAAGGUCCUGAUAAAGGAGGUCCAUUCGGACCCUAUCGUCAGUCAGAACGUCUUGACAUCUACAAGGAACAUACUAAAACUCUCCUUAACAACGGCUCCGCAUACCGCUGCUUCUGUAAACAAGAAGAUCUUGAAAGUCAGAAGCGUGCUGCCCAUGACGCCGGAAAGUCUACCGCUUACCCUGGUACUUGUCGCUCUAUCCCUCGUGCUGAGUCCGAUGAACGAGCUGCUCAAGGCGAGACGCAUGUUGUGCGACUUGACUCGGGUCGCUUUGGAACACCAAGCUUCAGGGACGCCAUAUAUGGACCUUUCCAGAAGAAAGAUCCUGAAGAAGACUUUGUGCUUAUGAAGUCUGAUGGAUAUCCAGUGUACCAUCUUGCGAACGUGAUUGACGACCAUCUCAUGAACAUCACACAUGUCAUCCGCGGGGAAGAAUGGCUCAUCUCUACACCCAAGCACCUGGCCCUCUACAAGGCUUUCGGUUGGGAACCCCCUACUUUUGCUCAUCUGGGUCUUCUUGUGAACGAUGAUGGAACAAAACUCAGCAAGCGCCACGACAGUGUCAAUCUGUCUACAUACAGGGACAACCACGUCCCUCCCAUGGCUCUACAAUCCUGGCUUGCCAAUCUGGGCGCCUCGUUCAAAAGAGACGCCCCAACACCGCGUGCUCUUGAGGAUGUUGCAGAAAACUUGACUUACAAGUUCACCCGAGGUGGUAUUAAACUCAACCCAGGGAAGCUUGAUUUCUUCCGGCACCAAUAUCGAAACCUCAUCUUCAACACGCCGGCUGCUGAACAGACACCUACCGAACAAGCUUUCAUCCGAGAUGGUCUUCUAGAUCCCCUUAUUGACCAAGUCCACGCCAUCACUGCCUCCUCUCAAUCCGAUGCCAGCGACUACGAGCCCAUCCGACCACAGAGAACUACUCUUGAUUGGCCUCAGCCGUUGGAUCUUGUCCCAGCCAUGAAAUUAUCCAGAUCGUCUCAGCAAUCAUAUGUCUAUCAAAUACUGCUUCAUGAAACCUCGCGGUAUCUCUCCGUCCGUGAAAUCGCCCGUCGACUUCCGUACUUCUUCUGGCGUCCUCCCGCUUCCAUCUACCGCGCAGCUCUCGCAACCGCGAUUCCACCAAAGGAAUUGAUCGAAUUCAUUCACAAUACUGUCGAUAUGAUGAAUGACUGGGAAGUCGCCCUUGACCGCCUUGUUGACUGUGUUCCCGAGGAUCAGCGACUCGAUCUACACAGUACAAUUCGCUUAAUUGCUAUUGGCAGCCCAAACGCGUACGGCAAAGCAUCCCGUAUCCUAUUCAACAUAUUGGGUCAAGAGGAGUGGCAAGCUCGCACGACCCUUGUGCGUUCUUUGAUUGAUGAAUUGAACUCUGGAGGGGAAAGUCUCCGUCAACAAUGGUUAGAGGAGACUGCCGUGAUGCCUUCAAAGCCUGUUAACACUCCUCAUGAGUAA